AUGAGCAUCGAUGUGGCUAUUGCAUUUCAAAAAGUUAAGCCUAUUUGUGUUGAGCUGUCGAGGCACGCCUUUUUGCCCCCUCAGCAUUUCAAUCCGUCCUCUAAAGAACUAUUAAAGAGUUUACACAAUUUGAAUAAAGAACUCGAAAAUAUUGCUAAUGAUGCGAGUGCUUUGAGUCCCAAGUUUGCAGAUUAUGUUUUCGUACCCAUUGCUAGCUUGUUUAAACAAGAAUCCUUAGACGUCCCCCACGUCCGUGAGUUACUGCUCAUCAUCUCUCAUCUCACUUCAUUGUGCUGGUCGACACCGGGCUCUUUUCCUCAAAGUUUAUCCAGACAGCUAUUUCCACUCAUUACAUUUCUCAUCAGCAGCGACAAGCAUAACGCGGGUCUAAAUGCAAAGGGAACCAGUUUCCAAUUGGCCGCCGCGAAAAUACUUGAAACCGUUUAUGCUAGUUUGGCAAUACAAAAAAGACACAAUAUCUAUGAUUUCUUUUCGGAGCCUAACAAUCUCCCCGCAUUGGGCCACUCGGUAACGAUUCUAUUGGAUAUCCUGGUGCAUAAGGGUGAGGACAAGGAAGUCGGAGAAGCGGUUUUGAAAGCGCUCGACGUGCUUUAUCGUGAAGCCAUUAACGACGGUGAAGUUUUAUCAUUUAUUCUACCGGGGAAUGUUUCUUCCAUAGCCAAACUUUUCGUAAAGCCCGGUGUUACUGUGAAUUACAAAGUCAUAUGCAAAAGCUUGGACUUACUCGAGUUUCUGCUUACAGUGGUUUACAGUGAUACAGACCUCGAAGCCAGAAAUGAGACGUUUACCAUAGAGCAAAUUGUGGAAGCAGGCCACCUUUCUCCAAUUACCGUAAUGACGGCUAACAGCACGUCUGCUAAAUCAGGAAAAGUGCACAGAGAUACAAAAUGGUUGCAGGCAACGAGUGCGCAAGUCAAAUUAGCCUUGGAAGGUGUCAUGGAGAAACUGAAAAAAAGGAACAAUAUGAACAUUAUUAAAGCGUUGGCCAAUUUCGCAAAAGCAGUGCUACUUAACUGCACCAACUCACUCGCAAACUGUCGAGAGCUUCUCUUAACAGUUCUCUUUGAUACUUCUGGGGAUCAGACUUUAUCUGCAUUUGAUGGUUUCCAAGCUGCCGCGGUAAAAUCUAUGCUUGAAACCGAUACAAGCAGAAUCGGUCAUUUUAUUCAGUCUGAUGAUGACUCAGGAAUGACGCGUAUUAAAAGAGCCACGGAAUACUUGGCAAAUUCGAACUAUUUGGAAGAUGAACUUGUUCCAAAGGUUGUCUAUGCAAUAAAAGAUGGUAUGAUCCAAUUUUUAGAGCAAAAACGAUUGAGAAUGAAUGACACGAAGCUCAUAGAGCAAGGUGGUGGGAUUAUUAUUCACCAAAACCUCUUAGCUUUGGACAGCGAAUCUUUUCCUUUGAUUCCUACCUUGCCAAACAAUUUCACUCUUUCCUUGGUGAGUCUUGUUCAGCUUUUAGGAUCAGUAAUCAACGAAGCUCAGUUUUGUGAUGUUGUAGAUCAGAUUUUGGGCGAAGAAGAAACAUCUCAUUACCUUCAAGCGGCAAUAUCUGUUUGGAUGGGAUCUCUGUUGAUGGUAGGGCAAUCAGGCCUCAAGAGACAAAUUGAUCCUCAUGUUGACGAAUUUCUAGAUUUUGGCACAGAAGGUGCAGAAUUGGCCGGGGCGCCACUGGGUUGUUGCUACAGUCUUUUAGAGGAAUGUUCAGCUAUUAUUACAGAACUUACGCGGAACAAACCUUCGCUUUCGAAGCCCUCUGAGAUGUGCGUGUCUCUCAGUCUCGAAGGCAUAAAACUGCUGAGUGAAAGCAUGGGAGAAAACUUCAGAGACGAGCUCAUAGAUUAUCUGUUUCCCGUCAUUGACUGCCUUGCUUCCACUUCCCCAAUAAUUCGCAGUUUCGCGCGAUCUGCCGUACAAUCCAUUGCUGAUAAUCUGUACAAGGGCUCCGUACGGGAUCUUUUGCUGGAUAAUACUGAUUACCUGGUGGAUGCAAUUUCGAGCUUUCUUAACAACUGCGUCACCGACAGGGUUGCAACCGUUCUUAUGGUUUUGUUCCAAAUUGGAGGCUAUGACGUCGUGCAGAGAUCGCAAGACGUUUUACAAACUCUCUUUAGGCUAGUCGACUCUUAUCACGGUUACACGGAGCUGUGCAUGGACUGUUUCCAGCUAUUUGACUUGAUAUUGUCCCAAAUCAAUUCUCUUUACGUGGUUGAAUCUGUAAGACAACUUCCAAGCUCCAAGGAAUUCAAGACAAGCUCGUUUAGUCCUUGGGGUAUUCAAAGCAUGAAUGAUUUAAUGACAAUAUUAGAUCGACCCAAAACCGAGGAUUCUUCGGUGGUCGAGUUGGAAGAUGACAAGUAUGAAGAACGUGUUUCGGGGUUCCAGGACUAUUUUGACCAGAAACUGAGGCAAGCGGACAGUGACGAUGAGGAUGAUGACGACACUAUGGAAAAUGGCAACCAGCUAAUGGAGCCGGUGCAAGUGGAGUCACACGAUGCCUGGUUGUCGCCAAUCCCACUUGAGUCUUACCGACUGCUACUUCAAAUAUUUGGGUACGGAGAGAGAUUGUUGAUGCACGAUUCCAAGCCCUUGCGUGCCCAUAUAUUGAGAUCAAUGGAGCGUAUGGCUCCUUUGCUGGAAACGCAGCAUAAUUCUUAUUUGCCCCAAGUCGCGAGCAGUUGGAACGCUGUUGUCGAAUGCUCGCUGUCAGAAGACUACACAUUGGCAACCGCGUCAUUCAGAACGCUUCGUGCGUUCAUUACGACCGCUGGCGAUUUUCUCACCAAGAGAUUCAUUGACUUGUGGACUACCUACAAAAGAAAGUCUCCCGUUGUAAGACACACAAUUGAAUUUGUAUCUACGGCUAAUGGUUUGUCAAUUCCUCGCGAAUUUCCUAUGGUAAUCAAAGAAGCACUUAUCUCACUCGCUGAACUACUUUUGGAAGGGAUUUGCAAAUCAGAACUACACAUAUCGGAUACACUACAGCAAGAAAUGUUGAGACAAUGCUUAAUUGUUUUGCCAAAAGAACAUAUACAAUCGAAAUCGCUGCAUUUGGGAGAUAUCGCCGAAUCGUUGAAUUACACUAUAAAAUCGACCAAGACUAUUUGA